GGCGGGGAGCCAUGCUGUCGAGGAAGGGGAUCAUCCCCGAGGAGUACGUGCUGACCCGGCUGGCGGAGGAUGUGCCGGAUCAUGUCCGAUACCGCGCCCGGGAGCGGCGGGCGCGUUUCGUGGGCAAGAACGGUGCCUGCAACGUGGCCCAUAAAAACAUCCGGGAGCAGGGACGCUUCCUCCAGGACGUCUUCACCACCCUGGUGGACCUCAAGUGGCCCCACACGCUGCUCAUCUUUACCAUGUCCUUCCUCUGCAGCUGGCUGCUCUUUGGCAUGGUCUGGUGGCUCAUCGCCUUUGCCCACGGAGACCUGGACCACAGCACCCGGCUGCAGCGUGACCCCAGAGAGGCAGGGACCCCGGCCGGCUUUGUGCCCUGUGUGACCAGCAUCCACUCCUUCACCUCCGCCUUCCUCUUCUCCAUCGAAGUGCAGGUGACGAUUGGCUUUGGGGGACGCAUGGUCACAGAGGAGUGCCCGGCCGCCAUCCUGGUGCUGAUCGUGCAGAACAUUGUGGGGCUGGUGAUCAAUGCCAUCAUGCUGGGCUGCAUCUUCAUGAAGACCUCACAGGCUCACCGCCGGGCCGAGACCCUCAUCUUCAGCAAGCACGCGGUCAUCGCCCUGCGCGAGGGCAAGCUCUGCUUCAUGCUGCGGGUGGGUGACCUCCGGAAGAGCAUGAUCAUCAGUGCCACCAUCCGCAUGCAGGUGGUGAAGAAGACUGCCAGCCUGGAGGGGGAGGUGGUGCCCCUCAACCAGAUUGACAUCCAGAUGGAGAACCCCGUAGGGGGCAACAGCAUCUUCCUCGUCUCCCCACUUAUCAUCUACCAUGUGAUAGACAAGAAUAGCCCCCUCUAUGACAUUUCCCCUGUGAACCUUCACCACCAUGAGGACCUGGAGAUCAUUGUCAUCUUGGAAGGGGUGGUGGAGACCACUGGCAUCACCACUCAAGCCAGAACCUCCUAUCUGGCAGAUGAAAUCCUCUGGGGCCAAAGGUUUGUGCCCAUCGUGGCAGAGGAAGAUGGGCGAUACUCCGUGGACUACUCUAAAUUUGGCAACACAGUGAAAGUGCCCACCCCUUCGUGCACUGCUAGGCAGCUGGAGGAGGACAAGAGCAUUAUGGACACUAUGCCGUUGUCCCCUAAAGGCACAAUAAGGAAGAGGUCUGUCAAGCUAAAGCCCAAGUUUACCGUAAGCGAUGAGCCUUCCUGAUGCCUUUUGACUGGGAAACUCUGUUAGGGCUUUGUGUCUGAAAGAUCUCAUAAACUCAAAACACUGAGGUGGCCUCUUACUUUUUUUUAAAUUCAGGUUGGUAGCACAAGGUAUGUUCUGGUGUUAUUUAUUGUGGGAUAAAUCUAAAGCUAAUUAUAUUUUUUUAAAGGUGUGAGAGAUUUCAAGCAGCACUGGGAGUAGGAAAAUCAUGGUCUGCAGCUUUAAAUUUAAUUGCACGUUCAUUUUGCAUUGAUUAAUCUGCAGGUAAUGACAUAUUUUCUCAAAAAAUAAAUUAUUUCUCUUAAGAGAUUGCAGUACUUAGGGUCUUGCAGUGUUCUAAAGUCAGUAGUUUUUAACUGGGUUUUUUUCUAACUUGAACAAUCAAUAUAGCAAAAUAAAAUAUUAAUAAUUAAUAAAGUAGGCUGGAUUUAAAUUAUAACAAAAAGGUCAGGCAAUGUUAUGUAUGACACAAGACCAGAUCUGGAAGUGUCUAUGUAUUAUACUCUAUGUUUCAAAGAAAUUAACUGCCAGAUUUGCUUCAUCCAUAUUGUAUUGUAUGGAGCCACUCCUACCACAUGCAAUAUGAAAUGUAUUUGAAUAUUUACUUUUGUUUAUUUUAAAACCCUUUACACUUCCAAAAUAAAACAUUCAGAAAUACCUUUUUCGACUGUACAUUUCUGAUAGUAAGCAAUGCUUUGCCUUUAAAAAGAGUAGCAGAUAGUAUACAACUGAAAUUAAUUAUAAAUAGGAAAAAUUCUGUAUUCUAGUUGUCUAAAUGAAGAGAAGCAACAUUACACACACACACACACAGGCAAUAGGAUACCCAGUAAAAAAAUUAAUCUCUCCCUUAGGUCAGACUGAAUCAGGGAAUAUAAAUAGAAUUAUGUAUUUUAAAUGAAAGGGCAAUGCUGAAUGCUGAAAUUAUAUCUGCAUGCAGUAGGCAAAACCUUUCACUCUGAUGAAAGGUCCACUUCUGGGAUGCUGUGUCACAAAACAUACUCCUGCUGUAGAAACGAUUCCCUUUCCAUUUACAUCCUGACCUCCCUACACAGCCGGUGCCUGCCUUGGUUUUUAGCUGAAUUCAAGAUCUGGCAUUUACCAGCAAACACGAAGGAGCCAUGUUCACCCCCUCAGUUCCACAGUGACAAACAAUAGGAGCAAUUCCCCUUAGCACACUCUGGCAAAUCCUCUAUCUGGGGAUAUUAGUAAGAGCAGCAAUAUUUAUUUCUGUGCAGGGUUAUUAGGAGAUAGCAGCAGUAUUAACUACACUGUGCUAUUAACUGGGCAAACUGCCACUCAAGUGAAAAAAGAUAAUGUUGUCCAAAUAAAACCUAAAUAAGCAUUACAGAACUGAUCCAACACCUGGUUACACAAGCUGUGCAGAGAGGCACCAAGUUACUUUCAAACUUAAUUAUUCAAAGGGCUUCUAGUAUCAAGUUCUUGUGUGUCAUGUAGUUCACGACAGACACCUGAAAUGGUUUGUUUUGGUAAUAAUAUGGCAAAUUUUUGAUGCCUUGUCAGUGUAACAAUAUGAAAAACUCAUUCAAAAGUGUGACAAAACUUCCAUAUUGACUAUGGAAUAUUUUCAGGCAUCUAUAAUAAAAUGAAAUAAUGUUUGGCUAAAAUCAAAGGUUGCUUUAAAAUGAUAAAAUAGUAGUUAUAUUUUCAAUAGUUAGGUAUUUCAGUUUUAUCAGCAUUAUCAGAUUGCCAGUUAAGAGAAUAAAUGCCUGUUCAGUUUCCAAAUUCCCAAUACACCAAUACUACUCUGUGAACAGCUCUAAAAAUGUGCUAUGUGUUUCACAAUGAAAAGACAGUAAACUAGCAUUAACAAGUAGUCAGCAGAGAAAAUCUGGAAAGGCAUAUUUUAUAUUUGUAAUCAUUAAAAGUCCUAUUUUUUAAAAUAGGGAAUAAUUAAAUGCCGUUGCUGAUUAAAUUUCUUCUGUAAGACUGAGUCUGGUUUCUCAUUAUGUCCCAGCUUUCCCUUUUACUGCCUCUCUUCCAUCACCCAUUGGAGGGGCACUUAUAGCAGAGCUAUUUGCAUCUCCUAGACACCUUUGUUCCUUUGACAGUUCAUUGUUCUUUAUCACCUGUCACAAUACUACUCUAUUCUUACAUUAGAGUUAGCUUUCCAGUGACUUGAAAUCGUUGGCUUCUCCUUAGCCUCCUUAGUGCGUUAUUUCAAUGUCUAAGAUUGAACACCUCAAGGUUCUCACAUAAAACCUCUUCAGCUAUGGUAGCAUUUUAAAGCUCUUGUCAAGAUUUGACCUAAAUGUGAAGCAAUUUCAGUAGCACUACCAUGCAACUAUUUUCAGGAACUGAUGCAAGCCUCUUUUUCCCUCAGGGAAAUCCGUGCUACAGAGAGGUAGAAAAUUCUCUUUGUUCACUGUGAGGUGGGAGGGGAAAAUGGGAAGAAACAGCUUGCAUUCGCUGGGCUGCUUUCAGGACCACUUUUUAUGUCACUUCUUCUACAAGAAUCUGCCUAAUUUUCUGAAGUCUUGCAAUAAAUAGGCAUCAUAAUAUUAUGAGGAAGGCAGGAUUUGUACUAUUAAAAAUCACCAUAGUGAAUUAUUUCAAUUGAAGUGUUGGUGAUUUUGAAUCUCAGGAUUCUUGUAAUUUUAAAUUCUUCUGUUCUUUCACCAUUUAAAAUAUUCAGAAGCAUUUCAGGGGCAGAGCAAGGAAGAAUAAGUGUAUUUAUUUUGUACUAGGGAUAUUACUUCUUUGUGAGGAUCCUUUCAUUUUGUCAUUUACAAAGUAUUUGGGAACACAAAUAUCUGAAAUUGUUCUUAAAGUUGUACUCAUGCCGACCGCCCCCAUUCUCUGUAGGAAGGUUCCAAAGAAGGCAUCAGUGCUAUCAUUUGACGUAGAACAGUCCUCAUUCUUAGCAAUGAACAAACGCUGUGUUUUCCAUAGUUGAAGUCCAAAGUGAGUGGGCUUUCGAACUUUCUCUCUCAGCCUACGUCUGCUUUUUGGUAGGUGGUAUCGCAGUUGGGGUCCUGCUGAGCAGCUGGGGGGAGCGUGCUGUGGCUCCCACGGCUGCUACCUCUCCACAUUUCCUCUGCACAGAAACCAGUGUGAGGGAAGCUGGGGGCUACAUGCUCGGGGCUUGCCCUGACCAAGGGGAGGACAUGGACACAAGAGUGGGAAGCUGUAGGUUUUGUAGUGACCCAUUGCUGAAUUUGGGGUAUGGAACCAACUGUGGAACUGCCUUUCAUGUGCUUCAGAGUCUGGAGACCAUUAUCAGUUUAUGCUCAUGAUUCACGCUGUUUAGUGCAUUCAAAUUGGAGUUUGUUACGCUGUUUGGAUGGACAGAAGGAUCACAGAGCUUAUUAAUCAGAAACAGAGACUGGGGAACACAUUAUAUGCCAUAGUUUUAAAAUACUUGUAGUGGCUGCUGGUGAGAACAUAGCCGCUGGGUGUAUCAGUUUCAUGUUGUGUUUCCUAAUGAAAUCAAGUGACAUACGUAUACAAAAUUAGAGUAUAACAAGGUCUGACUUGGUCUCUUUACCUCCAAGGCACAUGAUAAGUAUAGUAUUAUAGCAGUGUACUUCAACAGGAAAAUCUCCCUGUAAAAUAGAUACAAACCAGAAGUGAACUCAAGAGGCUGCAUAUAAGGGAAAAGAGGGUCAGGGACACAAAAUAAAUACAUUUAAAAUCCACAAGUCACACAGUGGGAAGACGAUGCCAAGAAGUAAUAAACUAUUUUCUUUUGAAGCCGUUCACACCAGCAAAGGUGUGAUGAUGCUGAGAUGAGAGAUCCGAGACCUAAAAAGCAGAUAUUAGAGGCUAGUAUAAAAGUCUUUAACAAGGCCAAGAUUUACAUGCUAGCGUAGAUUAGCAAUGGGGUCAAUGUCAAAAUUCAGUGUGCCCUGAAAGGCGAGACUGCAGGCUGGGCAUGAUCAGCAUUGCUCGAUCCAGUGGGUAAAUAUUGCUGUGUGUUGAGCAAGGUACAAGUCACAACAGAGCCCUGUUGGAAGCAGCAGUGUUAGGAGGGCUUUGUGGCAACCGAUUCUUGCGGUUAGUUAUUUAUUAAUAGUUAAUAAUAUCAAUCUAAUGAAUAAUUAAUAGUUCUUUGAAAACUGAAUUCAUUUCUUCAUGUUUUCCUUCCUCUUCCACUCCUUGUCCAUAGGUCACCCCUAAAGGUCUGCUAUUAUUGUAGGUCUGCUAGCACAGACUCUUUUGAUUUGGGAUAAAGCACAAGAGUGCUUUGGGAAAUAAAGUGCAAAAAUAAAAUAGAUAUUAGAAACCCAAAAACCUCUGUGAAAUUGCCAAGCUUGCAACUUUCACAGUGAUUCCUUGUACAAAGCAUGGAAAUAUCUAUUCCUAGGAACUGGAUAUUAAUAAAUUACCACAGUUUAGUUUUCUGUUGUUCAUUUUGCAGGUCCCUGUGGAAGGGAAAGUGGUUUAGCUCUUCAGGUUAGGGUUGAAGGAGAAAAGAAGAAGGUUCAAACUCACUGCAUUUUAGGCUCCCUGGUUACACCUUUCUCUCUCCCCAUGUUCAAAGUCAUACUGGUGUUGCCACUAAAAAUGGGCAGGGUCAAUGCUCUUUGCAGUGCAUGUUCCUGUGUGGCCCUGCAUUCAUCCAGGGCCAGCUGCCCCAUUCCAAGGUGGACAUCUCAACCCCAACAGCCCUCACCCAAGGUUCCUGAAAGGCAGUAGAAAAAUUCCCACUCAUUUCUGUGGAUUUUUGGAUCAAAGGACAUAAUCUGCCAACCUGCUGAAAGCAUGUGCUGCAGCAGAAAGAGGGAUUUAAUCAGCACUGCAGACCCUACUCAAGCAAAGCUGCUGUUUGAGGUGAGAAAACCCUUGUGUGAAGGAGGCCUUUGGUAAGCUGGAUCAGAGUGGGUGGUGGGAUGCGUGCUCAGCAUGGCUGGUGACUGUCUAACUGCCUCUAACAAAUGACUCAGCGUACUAUUUUUGAUUCAGCAACAGGAGAAAGAUACGUGAUACAAACCUCCACAUCCCCCCAAGGAGAACUAUUAAAAGAGCAGAAGACAUUCUUGAGAGGCUGCAGAUACCGCUGCCUCCAUCCUGCUCUUAGCACUGUUGGGUGCCUACAGAGGACGUCUCCUUCUGCUUCAGCAUCUCCUGGGAACUUCUUCCUGUGCCUUUUACACAGGAGAUGAAACCAGAUCCAUCCUCAUAGUCCUUAUUUUCUAUUUAUUCCUCAGUUGGGAAUAGUCCCUUAAACCAGGUAACUAAACUCACCCCAUUUCUGUUCCUUCCAGAUACACAGCACUGAAGUGUCACAUCCACGCUAGCCUUUGGAUGUGCAGUAAUGCAUUUUAUCUUCCAAGUGGUAAAUGCUGCUUGGCUAGAUGGACCAGAAUCUUUGAUUUUAUUUUUUUCAGAGUGAAGAGGAUAAAGCUCGAUAAAUGUGUCGUGUUGGCUGAGUGGUUUGUGUUCUACUAUUAAAACUGUAAUUUUCACAUUUCA